GCGGCUUUUCAAUCGGCCAUUUCGUCGGUGCAGGCCAUCUAUCCGUAAAGGGCAACGGGGAAAUCCGCGUUAUACUGAUUAUCUGAGAGGCACGUCAAGAACAUCUCACCAUGAAUGAGACAGCUGUUUCUUUCGCCAAGGACUUCUUGGCCGGCGGUAUCUCCGCCGCCAUUUCCAAGACAGCCGUCGCUCCCAUCGAGAGAGUCAAGCUUCUGCUUCAGGUGCAACAUGCCAGCAAGCAAAUCACGGCAGACAAGCAGUAUAAGGGAAUUAUGGACUGUGUCGUCCGUAUCCCCAAGGAGCAGGGCUUCCUUUCCUUCUGGAGAGGUAACCUUGCCAAUGUCAUCAGGUAUUUCCCCACCCAGGCCCUCAACUUUGCCUUCAAGGACAAGUACAAGAAGGUCUUCCUUGAUGGCGUCGACAAGCACACCCAGUUCUGGAGGUACUUUGCCGGCAACUUGGCGUCCGGCGGUGCCGCCGGUGCCACCUCCCUAUGCUUCGUGUACCCCCUCGACUUCGCCCGUACUCGUCUGGCCGCCGACGUAGGAAAGGCGGGAGCAGGGAGAGAGUUCAACGGUCUCGGAGACUGCCUGGCGAAGAUCUUCAAGUCGGAUGGUCUGCGGGGGUUGUAUCAGGGCUUCAACGUGUCUGUGCAGGGCAUCAUCAUCUACAGGGCGGCUUACUUUGGCAUCUAUGACACAGCUAAGGGUAUGCUCCCCGACCCUAAGAACACUCACAUUUUGGUGAGCUGGAUGAUCGCCCAGAGUGUGACGGCUGUUGCCGGCCUCACCUCCUACCCCUUCGACACUGUCCGUAGGCGUAUGAUGAUGCAGUCCGGACGCAAAGGAGCUGACAUCAUGUACACCGGAACCAUCGACUGCUGGCGCAAGAUCGCCCGCGAUGAGGGCGGCAAGGCUUUCUUCAAGGGCGCGUGGUCCAACGUGCUGCGCGGCAUGGGCGGCGCCUUCGUGCUGGUGUUGUACGAUGAGCUGAAGAAGGUCAUGUAGAUUGUCAUGUCGUCACAUCACUGUCCAAUUCGGCUAAAUGUCAUAACUUUCCAUUUCUUAUGGACUCUGCGUUCUGCCUUAUUUAUGGGAACAAAACUAUAGUGUCUCUCCACCUCGCUGUGGGCAAUGGCUGUACGUUCGUUGUGCAUCUUGAUUUUAAAAACGUUCCACACCACACCCCCCUCUACCAACGUCAUUCCUUCAGCAAGUGUAAUACCUCCUCUGUCAUUCACUAGGUUUGUACGGUCCCAACUUGAAUAAACCUAUUCUGGGGAACAAACGAUAAAAACAUGGAUGUUCACUGUCUUCGUCCACUGUCAUAGCAUGAGAUGAGCACACUGGGUCAUGAAAAAAUUGGAUUAUACCAACUGCUAUAUUUACCCAUGCUUAUCUCCUGAGCCUCCCUUCCCUGGUUUGUGGUCACUGCUAGACUUGUAGACUAAAACCAUGUGACUGUUAGUUUUUCCGUUAUUUUAAACAAUUCAAAACACAAAUUUUGGGUUAGCAAGCUGGAUUUUAUGAUUCAAUUUUGUCUUGGUUGAAACCUAAGGUACAUGACCCAGCAAUGCAAUUUUAGUAGAAAGAAUGACACCAGUAAAUGCAUCAUCUUUGACAUUUUCUUGGUUUAUUGGAACAUUAAAGUCAAAAUGUUUCUCAUA